AUGGCCCUGAUAGUGUUGCUGCUUUCCACCCUGGUUGGCCUCUUCAUGGGUGCAGCAAAGGGACAGGCAUUUCAUCCUGGGAGAUGCCCGAAUCCUCCCGUGCAGGAGAAUUUUGACGUGAACAAGUAUCUUGGAAGAUGGUAUGAAAUUGAGAAGAUCCCAGUGAGCUUUGAGAAGGGAAGUUGCAUCCAAGCCAACUACUCACUAAUGGAAAACGGAAACAUCAAAGUGAUAAACCAGGAGAUGGGACCCGAUGGAACAUUGAAUCAAGUUGAAGGUGAGGCCACCCAGGCUAACCUCACAGAGCCCGCCAAGCUGGGAGUCAAGUUUUUCUGGUUGAUGCCAUCAGCACCAUACUGGGUCCUGGCCACCGACUAUGAGAACUACAGCCUUGUGUACUCCUGUACCACUUUCAUCUGGCUUUUUCACAUGGAUCAUGUUUGGAUCUUGGGAAGAAACCCUUAUCUCCCUCCGGAAACAGUGACCUAUCUAAAAGAUAUCCUGACUUCCAACAACAUUGCCAUUGAUAAAAUGACCAUCACAGAUCAGGUGAACUGCCCCGAGUUCCUGUAA